GACAUUUGUUUGGUUGUGUGACUGUGACGUCAAAACGCGAAAAAACUGUCUAUGCCGCUGCGGUAUUUUAUUAUUUCCGAAAUUCAAACGGUGUUUGCAUAAAUAAUUAGCAUAUUUUGCGUAGUUAUGAUUAUAAAAGUGUGAAAUGUCGAAAGCAAAGAACAAGAAGAAUAUUAAAGCCGGCUGUAUUUACAGGAUAGCGCUUGAAAACUUUGUAACAUACAAGAGUGUUGAGCUAUAUCCUAGUACUUCACUGAACUUGAUAAUCGGACCCAAUGGCACGGGAAAGUCAACAUUUGUCUGUGCCAUCAUUCUGGGGUUGUGUGGCAAGACCAGUGUUAUUGGACGGGCUAAGAAAAUAUCCGAAUAUGUGCGGAGUGGAUGCGAAGAUGCUACAAUCGAGAUUGAGCUCUACCAAAGACCGGGCCAGCCAAAUGUUGUCAUAACAAGGAAUUUUGAUUUAACCGAUACAUCCAAAUGGUCAAUUGACCGUAAGACGGUUCGGGAAAAACAGGUGCAAGAACUUAUAGCAUCUCUGAAUAUACAGGUAGACAAUCUCUGCCAGCUUCUACCUCAAGAUAGGGUCCAAGAUUUUUCCAAAAUGGAUCCCCAGCAGCUGUUACGGAGUACUCUCUCUGCCGUUGGUGGUCAAGAGAGCGUGAACCAAUUAGAUGAGCUAAUAGAGUGUAGGACACAGCAACGGGGUUUAUCUACCAAGUUGCAGAAUAAUGCUCAGGUUAUGCAAGAGCAGAUACGGUUGAAUGAGAGACUCAAAGUAGUAAUAGACGCAAUGCAACAACGCAAAGAGAUAGAGAAACAAAUAGAAAUAUGUGAGAAGAAGAAACUCUGGUUAGAAUAUAACGAGUUGAGGAAGAAGGUUGUGGAGUUCUCCAAGGAUAAGAAAGAAGCGGAGAAGAUUGUGAAUACCCAUAAGAAGAAAGUUGAACCGCUUGAGAAAGUUAUAGAUAAAGCUAAAAGUGAGAUUAGCCAGAUGGAACAAAAGAAGUUGGCUGCUAACAGAAAAAUCUACGCAAUAAAGGACCAAGUAAAAGAGAUGAUAAAUUCCGUCAGAACUCAAGAGUUCAAGCUGAAAGAAUUCGAAGCUUCUUACCAAGAGAAGUUAGAACGCUAUCGCAAUAGAGAAAGAGAGUUGCGCGAAGCCAAAAUGAAGUUGGGGAAACUUGAAAUGGAUAAAAAUGUGGUUGAGAACACGGUUGGGGACGCAACAAAAGUGAAGAUGGAGUUAGCAGAACUUCACAAGUCUAUAACAAAAACGAAUGCUGCUAUAGACAUCUUGAAGAAGCAGAAGUCAGAAGUGCAAUUUGACCUGGAGAAUAACAUCAUGCCGCAGAUCAGACUUUAUCAGCACAAGAAACGUGCACUAGAAGAUGUGGAUGUGAAGCGUUUGAACGUUCUUCACAAUUAUAGCGAAGAUGCCUACACAGCUGUGUUGUGGCUGCGAGAACACAGACAGUUGUUCCAACAGCCAGUAUACGAGCCUAUGUUGCUAGAGAUAAGUUUCACGGAUCCGAAAUUCGCUCGCUACUUAGAAUCAACAGUUUCUGGUCGUGACCUAGUGGCGUUCACUUUUGAAUCCAGUCGGGAUAUGAACCUGUUUCUUCAGAAAGUUCGAGUGGAAUUGGGCCUGAAGAGAGUCAACGCUAUAUGCAGUCAAGGUGGGCCUGUUGAUAGACCGCCGAGUAAUAUACAGCAGAUUAGCUAUCUAGGUUUCUACACGUACCUAGUGGACACGAUAACGGCCCCCAAUGCAAUACUUCGCUACCUCUGCAAGCAGUACUCCGUUCAUCGCAUCCCGCUCGGCAACGACCAUACUUACCGCAACAGCGAGUCAGUGCCUGCCAACAUCAACUUCUUUUUUACUGAAAACCAUAGAUUCUCCGUCCGUGUAUCAUCAUACAGUGGGGAGAAAUCUGUGUCGACCACCGAGGUACGAGAAGCGAAACUCAUGGCGAACACUGUUGACCUUGAACAGAUCACCAACUCCAAUAACCAAUUAGCAAUAUUCGAGCAACAAGCCCAAGGACACAAAUCCAAAAUGGCGGAAAUUGACAAGAAACUGCAAAUUUUGGAGGGAAACUUGAACGAGUUGAAUUUGAGAAGGAAAGCUGUUAACGAAGGUGAAGAGAAAGUACGUACAAUCCUAGCCCAAAUUCGCAUACAAACCAAGAAGGUGCAAGACAUUGAAACGGAACCUACUUUCGAUAUGCAACAAGAAAGAGAUCGCACUAGAAAGAAACAAAAAGAAUGUGUACUCAAACAGUGUAAACUUCACGCUGACUUGAAUAGUUCUAUGAAAACAUUGGCUACGGAAAUCAGGAAUGGGGAAAUUUGGAAGGCAAAACUUGAGUUCUACAGGAACAGUAUAGUACAACAGGAAACUGAGUUGCGAGAAUUGAAAAAUGAAUUGAGAAAUGUUCAGGCAACCCUAGAAAACAUAGAGAACCAGCUCACCCGUGCUAAAUCGAAUGCCAAAGAGAAGCUUCUGGAAGCUAAAAGGAGUUGCAACAACAAACUACCGGAUGACGACGAUUUUCCUUAUAAAGAAGAUUUUGAUAUCCUACCGGCAGAUAUAACGAGAUUGCAGGAACAUUGUUACGAGUUGCAAACUAGAGUAGAUUGUAUGGAUCAAGGGGAUGAGCAGGUUAUCAAAGAGUACGAAGAAAGAGAGAAGUUAAUAGCGAAAUUAAAAUCGGAACUUAGCAACUCCAGUGAUACAAACAAGAUGCUUGCGAAGAAAAUGGCAGCUAUACAAGCAAAAUGGCUGCCGCCUCUAGAAAAUCUACUGCGGGAUAUAGGCAAAAGUUUUGCAGAUAUGUUUGCUAAGUUGGGCUGUGCUGGGGAAAUUAAACUUGAGAAAGGUGGAAGUGACGAGGAUUACGACCAAUACGGCAUAGCGAUUCUCGUACGUUUCCGCGCAUCGGAAGAAUUACAGCAGUUGACUCGUCACGCGCAGUCUGGGGGUGAACGAGCGCUGUCCACUGCGCUAUAUCUGAUGUCGUUACAGCGACUUACUACAGUGCCAUUCAGAUGCGUAGACGAAAUAAACCAAGGCAUGGACCCUAUAAAUGAACGCAAAAUGUUUGAGCUACUCGUCAAGGUGACCACCGAGUGUGAUAAUGCACAGUACUUCUUAUUGACACCUAAGCUUCUAACAAACUUGGAGUACAACUCAAAAAUAAUGAUCCACACAAUUAUGAACGGACAGAAGAUAAUGCGUUAUAACAAAUGGAAUUAUGACUCGUUCUUACAAAACGCGCGACAGUAUAGGAUGGCGUGACACCUAUGUUUAUUUGCUUUUUUCUAUGUUGUAUAGUCGUUUUUAAUGAGUCCGGUCAAUAUAGACAUUUGAAAUAAUAUGAUAAAACUUACCGUUUUCGAAAGAAAUUCAAAAUACAUUUAGAUUUUGAUGUUUGACUCUGAAUAACUUUUGAAGCACACAUUAUGGGAUCGAUGGGGACUUUCAGAACUUUUUUGGAAAUGGUAAAUUCAAGCUCUCCACCAAUAUUUCGAUUUCCGGGAAUUAUUGUUAUUUGACCAUUAUUUUUAUGUCUAAAUUGACCGGACUGAAUGUUUAUCUUGUACUUAUGUCGUUUUGAGUUACGUGUUUUGUGUCUAAAAGUUUUCUGUACGCGUAAAAAUAUGAAAUGAGACCUAAAAUAUUUUGUGAUAUUGUGGCUUCCAAUCAAUGCAAUAGGUGUAAAUAGCUGAUGAAUGUUGCACCCUUUAACUGUUACGAUAACCGAGCCAUUUUCAGUUGUCGAAUCGCUGGUAAGUUAACGACUGGUUAUGGUUUGGUUACAGUAAAGUUAAAUGGUACAAACUGAUCCUUAGUGAGUACAUAUUAUUGCUUGUGAGUUGAAAAUGUCUAUAUUUGUAUGUCAGACACGAAAUCGCGUAAUGUUAAUACAAUAAUUAAUUAAUAUUAAAAUCUGAAACCACCAAAAUAAUAGUACAAAGUAGUCAAUAGUUUUUAUAUUCAAUACAAUAUAUACUUCCAAUAAAAUCGAUCUCAGUGGCGUGCACUUGGAGAGGCCUAUGUCCAGCAGUGAACUGCGAUAGGCUGAUGAUGAUAAUGAUAUACUUCCUAGUAACAUAACAUAGCAUUUUUUAAAGAUAAAGAAUAAACACAUAGUGAACAAGUCCUUAUCUUGCAUUUGAAAGAAAUGUAGGUUAUUUUUUCAUGUUUUUUAAAACGUGAAAACUCAGUUUUCAUGAAAUACGAAUAAUUUUAAUUGAUGUUUGUGUCAUAAUUCUUGUGUGGUGCCUAACUUCAUGGCGUCUUGUAAAAUUGCGUAAGUCUAUGGUACUAAACCAUUUUAAGGUAUGUAUCACUGACCUGUAUAUUUACCACUGGACCGGCUGUUCCGUACGUUUGACAGCAAUUUUUUUGUGCCCAUUUGAAGCGCCAAUAUCGUUCUGUCCACAGAACUAAUUUUGACGUAUAAUUUCAAAUGGCUGUGAGAGAAGUGUUUGUUCAUUGGUUCACUGUAAAAUAAUGUUAGUACCACGAACACUCGCUACAUCUAACAGCGCCAAAAUGGCGAUUAUCAAACGGGCACAAAAGCACGUUGAAAACAGACGGUCCAGUGGUAAAUAUAGAGGUCAAGUGGUAUGUACGAACCUGUGCUCUGAAGUUAGUCACAAGCCGCCAUGAAGUUUGGCGUGAUCUUUACUUUUUUAAAUGUCGUCUAAAUGUCUUUUAUACGUAUCUUAAUUUUAAAUCUAUAUUAAUGUUAUGUAUUAAUACAUUUAAUGUAUGAUCAAAGAAAAUGUAAGUGAUAAUCAAGCUGUGUUGAGUAUUCGUUUAUAGUUUUAAGCCAAGCCCAAGUUCAGCGACAAUAUAUACGUCAGUUUUUAUAAAACAACUGUUUAUAUGAAUUUUCACAUUCAAUUCUCAAGAGGCUGACAGCACCCAGAACAAAAUACAUACGAAAGAAGCCUGAUGACGGGAUAUAAAUAAAUAGCUUUAAAAUAAGUUGAGUAGUCAAAAAUAAAAAUCAACCAAGUUCUGUAUUUACAUAUGGACUCGUUAAGGUUACAAAUUUUAUCAAUGUACGUUGAUAAGUAAUACAGAUAUUUUUGUUGGAAGAUCAUUUUAAGAGGUAAGUUUACAUUUCUUUGUAUCGAGAAAACUUUUCGAAAACGUGUUUUGAAAUUAAUAGGGUUCUCAGAAAUAUAUUCAAGAUUAAUACAUAUUUUUUUGCCGUCAGAAACUGUAGAUUUUGCCAAAAAAUUGUUUGAGACAAGCCAAUUUGGGUGCUUCUUGUAUAGCACUGGUACUCAGCUGAAUCCGGUUAGACUGGAAACCGACCCCAACAUAGUUGGGAAAAAGGCUCAGAGGAUGAUGAAGCCAAUUUGGGUGCUGUCAGCGCCUUAAAUUUUAUUUUAAGAAAAACUGACGUUUAUUUUGUCGGUGAAACUGGGCAUUGAAAUGUUAGUGUAUAGUUAUUUUUGUAUCUGAUUGUCUCUUUGUACGUCACAAUGGAUAUAUAUCAUAGGAAUUCUGUAUUUUUUGUGUUUGAGAUUUUAAUAUAAUGGCGUUUACACAUUACGCGGCACGCCGCAGUGAUAUUAUUUUGCCUUUAUCAACUACAUUCUGAUGAAAAUUCCGUCAAUGCGCAGUGUGUAAGGACUAGAUUCCAAGAAAGCGGACCAGAUUUGUUUAAAUAACCCAUAUAAUUUCUCUGCUUAAAAAGCAGGCCGAUGAGAUGAUUACAUAACUUAGCUCUAUGUGUUGUUCAAAUAAUUUUUCGCUCUGCUUUGGUGGAGUCUCGUCGUAAUGUGUAAUUGCGCUAUUUGUAUCGAAUGCAAAUACAUUUUUACUCAAAUCAUAAUUGAUGAUGAUACACAAUAAAAAACAUAUAAUGCAGGAAUUUAAACAAUAAGUCACUUUUAUACGAUAAUUAAGUUUUUUAUUCAGUAUCCAAAUACAUUGCGUAUUUCAGUGAUAAUGUUAUCGUAAUAAUAAAUAAUUAUUUUUUAAUAA